UUUGUUUUUCAGAUUGAAAUUUGUCAAGAUUUAUAUGAUACAAUCAGGAAUUAUAAAACUGAAGAUGGCCGUCUUUUAUGUGAAUCAUUCAUUCGAGCUCCAAAUCGAAGGUGCUUAGCAGAUUAUUAUGAUGUAAUUACAACACCAAUUGAUCUCCUAAAAAUACAGCAGAAAUUAAGAACAGACGAAUAUAUGGAUGUGCAGCAGUUUUCUGCUGAUAUUGAAUUAAUGAUUAAUAAUGCUAGGACAUAUUACAAGAAAAAUUCACAAGAAUUUAGAGAUGCUUGUGAGCUUUGGGAUGUUUAUGUAGAUGCCAAAAAUGAGGCACUAUCAGUUGAAAUACGGAAAGAAGAAGAUAAAUCAAGUGAAAUAGAUGAUGACAGAGGAAGUGAGUGCAGUGAAGAUGAAUCUCCAUAUGAAGAACUCUUUACAACAGUUAUGACUGCAGCUGAUAUGGAAGGUCGCUCAUUAAGCACUAUGUUCCAGCUUUUGCCGUCAAGAACUUUAUAUCCUGAAUAUUAUAAAGUUAUUCAAGAUCCUAUUGAUUUGAAAAUGAUUGCACAGAAAAUUCAAAAUAAUGAAUAUCGUAGUCUGUGUGAGAUGGAGAAGCAUUUACUUCAAAUGAUAAAAAAUGCCAAAAUAUUUAAUGAACCAGGUUCUCAGAUCUACAAGGAUGCUGCAACUCUGAGGAAGAUAAUUUUAAUAAAGAAAUCUGAAAUUGAUCAACGGAAGACAUAUCCUGCCAAAUCAAGUGAAAGAAUCCGAAAUAAACGGCUAGCAGGAGGACAGAAAUGGUCUGCUAUCAUUUCAGCCCUUCGAUAUGAGACGGAUGCAAUUCCUAAGGUCGACCUUACCUCAGAAGUUGCGUCACCUGCAUCGGUAGAAAUAGCUGAAGAGAGUGUAGAUGCAGAUGAUGGUAAUGAGUCAGAUCCAGAAGAUGCACAUAAUAAUCCUCAGUGGCAGUUAUAUGAAACGGUGAAAAAUUAUGUUAAUCCUCAAGGCUACCAACUAUCUGAACCAUUUUGGACUUUGCCAUCGAGGAGACUUGCUGCGUCACAUGGCUGCAUAAUAAAAAUGGCAAAAACAGAUGAAAAGAUCAGCUGGGUGUUGAGGUCAUAUCCUGAUUAUUAUAAAGAAAUAAAGCAACCCAUGUCCUUGUUUAAAAUAAGGACAAAAGUUAAGUCGAAGCAGUAUACUAGUCUGUAUGAUGUUGUUGAUGAUAUGAAUCUUAUGUUUGAAAAUGCUAAGAAAUAUAAUCGUCCUGACUCAAAGCUUUUUAAAGAUGCUGUGAAGCUUCAGAAGAUAAUGCAAGCAAAAGCAAGGGAAUUAAUUAAUUUGCACAUGAAGGAUUCUGAAAGUGAUGAUGAUGAGGACCGAGCUUCAAAACGAAAAGCUAAGAAAUUAGUUAUAACACCAUUGCCUGAAAUAAAGAAGAUGAGAAGAAGUUUAGAUGGUGAUCCUAGUCUUAAAAAGAAGGCUAAAAUUUUAUACAAAACUCUACAUGAUUAUACAGAUGAAGAAGGACGCCCGCUAAUCUCUGUUUUUAUGGAAAAGCCAUCCAAAAAGGACUACCCUGAUUAUUAUGAAAUUAUAACUAACCCUAUAGACAUGAAGACUAUUGACAGUAACAUAAAAUCUGAAAAGUACACGAAUGAAGAGAAUUUGAUUGCUGACUUCAGACUAAUGUUUGCUAAUUGCAAACAUUAUAAUGAAGAAGGUUCACAAAUAUACCAAGAUGCUGAGACUCUUGAAAAUGUUUUAAAUGCAAAAAUACAAGAACUUGGUGGCAGUGUCACUGAAACUCCCAAGAUUCGUAUGCCUGUGAAAAGAGUGAUAAAGGAGUUUGCUAAAGAAGAGUUGCAUAAAAACACAGUUUUCACUGGCAUAAAACAAAAACUAAAGACAUUUUAUGACACUGUCAAAGAAUAUACUGACAACAGAGGAAGAAAACUGUCUGUAAUAUUCAAUAAACUGCCAUCGAAAACAGACUAUCCUGACUAUUAUGAGGUUAUCAAAAGACCUAUAGACCUUGACAAAAUUGGUGCCAAACUGAAAUCUGGACAAUAUGAAACAUUAGAAGAUAUGCUUUCAGAUUUUGUGUUAAUGUUUGAUAAUGCUUGUAAAUAUAAUGAGCCUGAUUCGCAGAUUUAUAAGGAUGCACUGACUAUGCAACGGAUGACCUUGCAGACGAAACUGGAACUAAGCGAAGAUUGUAAUAAUGGUGUACCUGAUGUUAGAGCUUUAGUUCAAGAACUUCUGACUGACCUUUUUAUUUCAACUUAUAAUCAUCAGGAUGAAGAAGGACGUUGCUUUAGUGAUUCUUUAGUUGAAUUUUCUGAAACGGAUUCAUCCAGUGAUCCUACCAAGAAAGUUCUCAAUUUAGAUAUGAUAAAACGAAAUUUAGACAAGGGAAAAUAUAAACGUCUUGAUCGCUUCCAAGAAGAUAUGUUUGAAGUAUUUGAACAUGUUCGACAUCUGAGCAGAACAGAUUCUCAAGUUUUUGAAGAUUCUGUUGAGCUUCAAUCAUUUUUCAUUAAAAGACGUGAUGUACUUUGUAAAAAUGGUGAAGUUUUGCUGUCACCUGCUCUUCAGUACACAGAAGCUGAUCUGCAAGCUAGUGUAGAAACUCUUAGAGCUCAAAAAUUGCCCAGAGAACAACAGGAAGCUGAGUUGGAACCCAAGCAAGAGAAGGAUGAAUCCAGAACAAAUGAAAUAUCAAGUUCUGAUAGCGCAACAUUUCAAACUGAAACUUACUAUGUUGGUGAUUUUGUAUACAUUGAACCCAGAGAAAAAGGUAUGGAACCUCAUAUAAUGCAUGUGGAAAAGUUAUGGCGUGAUAACCAAGGAGAACAGUGGUUAUAUGGAUGUUGGUUUUACCGUCCUAAUGAGACAUUUCAUUUAGCUACUAGAAAGUUCCUGGAAAAAGAAGUCUUUAAGAGUGAUAAUUACAAUAGUACUCCCUUAAAUCAAGUCAUAGGGAAAUGCUACGUUAUGUUUGUAAAAGACUACUUCAAGUUUAAACCAACUGAAUUUGAAUUCAAAGAUGUGUAUGUUUGUGAGUCAAGAUACUCUGCUAAAGCCAAAGCAUUUAAAAAAAUUAAAAUCUGGAAUUUUACUCCAAAUAAUUACGUUCACAUUGUGCUUCGAGAAGAACAAGUUGAUCCUAUUCGAGUUCCAUCUGUCUUUAAAGAUGGAUUUGAAAAGCCGAAAGAUGAGAGCAAUGAUGCAGAUGAACCGGAUUUAGAUGUAGUCAACAAGCCUCGACCGGUGAAUAUUGAUCCUACCUAUAAUUUGGUUUGUGAAGUACAAAAUCCUGAAGAAGGAGCUACUUAUUACGAGCAGUAUACCAUUCCAUCUGGAACUUACAAGCUAGGUGAUUGUUGUUAUGUCCGUACUGAGCACAAUAAAUCACUGAUUGGACGAAUUGAUAAAAUGUGGAUAGACAAGAUGGGUAAUGCAUUUUAUCAUGGCCCGUGGUUUGUGACGCCACAGGAGGUACAGCAUCCUCCUACAAGACUGUUUUUCCGUCAAGAAGUAUUCCUAAGUUCUAUAGAAGACACAAAUCCUUUGCUUAGUGUGAUUGGACGUUGUGCUGUUUUGGAGUACAAGGAUUAUUGCACAAAGAGGCCUACUGAAAUAACAGAGCAAAAUGUGUAUAUUUGUGAAUCUCGUUAUAUGGAAGCUGAGAGGCAAAUUCGAAGGCUAUCAAAAGGCUUACGUAAAAUUCCUUUAUCUUCAUGUGUUACUGAGGAUGAAUGGUACUUUUUCAGAAAGCCUAUAAAUCCUCAAAAGACUGAAGUUAUUAGUGCACCUCCUAUUAUUCCCAAGAAGAUAAAUCCUUGUACUCCUGAACUGUCACCAUUGAUGACUAGACCUACCAUUGAAACUGAUAAUGAAGAAUCAAAUGAUGUAUCCACACCUUUGGCUAAUACAGAGCAAGAUAUUGCAACUCCUGUGCUAUCAUCUGCUAAAAAGAAUUGUAAAAGAGUCGUAACUGGCUAUAUUCUUUUUGCCAGUGAAGUACGAAGAUCAGUCAUUGCUGCUAAUCCUGACAGAUCAUUUGGUGAUAUAAGUCGACUAAUCGGGACUGAGUGGCGCAAUCUUCCUGUAUCUAAAAAGACAGACUAUGAAGAGCGUGCUCAGAAACAAAACGAAGAAACACAAGCACAACUUUUGAGUGAGAGUAUGCCACAAUCUCCGGCAUCUAAUCAAGGAAGCACAUCGGAUAAGAAUGAAAACAUUUUAUAUGAAUGCAUGUGGGAUGGCUGUGAUCAUCAGUUUGAAGAUCAGACGGAUCUCAUUGAGCAUUUAGCUGUGGAACCUGGUGGCCACAUACAGCAAACUUUCAGAAAUAAAGAAGGAGAAAUUCAGUGCUUAUGGUACAACUGUCAAAGGAUAAAAAAGAAUAUACCACCGUUUCCAAAUGUUGCAAGAUUAAUUCGCCACGUUAAAGAAGUUCACUUAAAGACUUCAGUCAAAAAUGUUCUACCUGAAAACAGGAAUAGAAAUUAUACACCUUCAAAAAGAAAUGCUGCAAAUAAUCUAAUAGGUGCAUCUAGUAGUUCUAACAUUCCUACUACUUUUAAAAAUACAUCUUACAAUGGUGGCCCCCCAUCUUCCCCAUUCUUAACAGGAGUAAAUUAUCCAUACUCAUCACCUAUCACAUCACGUCAAGGUCAUGGAACAACAACACAUCUCUCCAAGCCUUUAGAACCAAUAUUCGUCUCAGCUCCUCCAAGAACACAGCGUCUUUUACAUUCCAAUGUGUACAUAAAAUACAUAGAAGGUCUUCAAGCCGAAUCUCGCUUCAUAAGUAACUGGGAUGCUCAUCUAAAAGCAACACCUGAAACUACAGUUCCACCAGACCCCCAGCGAUUGCCCACUCAUUGGUUGAGCAAUACUGUUGAUAACCAUGGCAGUGCUUUGAAUGCCCUGUGGUCUUUAAGGAACUAUAUGUUGAAGGACUCUUUAAAUAUAGCAAAAAUUUUAUAAAUUUUUUGUAUUAUAUGAGUGUAAUUUUGUGAUAUGUUUUCUUCAUGUAUUAUGCAAGAAAAAAUUGUUUGUCAUUCUGAAUGAAUUUUAAUGAUGUAUUAUUGUAUUUUUCUUAAAUGAGAACUGUCUUGUAUUCAAUUCUGACAUUUUUAUAUUUGUGCAUUUCUCAACAAGAAACCUAGUUAUUAAAAAAUGUUAUUGCAUUUGUAUUUAGGAAAUUGAUAGUAAAUUUUUAUACUUUUUAAUAAAAACUUAUGGCAACUUCCUCAUAUUUUUAUUUUUAUUUUUAUUUUUUUUCAUCUUAUUACAUUUAUUUGUUAAAACUAAGUCGUUUUUCACUGACUAUUGUUCUUACUGUACCAAAAUGAUGUAGAUUUACAUAAGCUCUUAUUUCUGCUUAUAUAGACUCAUGAGCAAAAUUCAUUGCUAUUGAAAUAUUCGUUAUUUGCAUGAAAUCAUUUUAAAUUAUUUUGUAUGUGGUGUUUUGGCUAGAAUAUAAUUUUAAAAUGUUAAAUACAUGUAUUUGAAAAUAUUGUUCUGUACUUCCACUGCCUUCAUUUAAUGUAAAAUUUGUGAUAGGAUGCAUGAAAAUGUGUGUAUUUAAAAUGUAAAGUAUGCAAGCAGUUGAGGUGCUAAAUGUUGUUUAAUAAAUUGUUUAGCUCUUUUAUGUAGUUUUAAUAAUUUUUGACUGUUUUUUUUUUAAUAAGCAUGUUCUCAAAUUGUGAUUAAAGUCAUGGUGCCUUU